GGAUUCAUGGGAUGAUUCAGAGGCAGAGGAAAGGGUGUUAGCAGAAUUGCGCCAGGAUUUGAAGAAAGGCCAAACCACUAUAGAUGUAGAACCAGAGGACCAAAAUCAAAAGUCUGGAAGUUCUUUAAAGAGCUUCAAAAACCUUGGAAGUAAACUCAGUCAGAAAUUCAAGAAAAGUCCAAAACAUCAGGCUAAUACGUCACAAGAAGUUCUAGUUGAAAAUAUGCCUGAGCAAGACAACACCUCUCCUCUGCACCACUUUGCUGUAGUUAGUAAGCCUAAUGAAGACGUAAAUGGAAAGGAUCCAAACCAAAUAAAGAAAGAGAGAAAAGUCAAAACAGUAGUUCAUCACACUGAUCCUGAUGAUAAUAAAUAUGUGUACUACUUUGAAGACAGUAGCACAGAGUACUAUGCAGCCAGGCCAGAUGAGGUAGAUGCAGCUCUGCCAAAGAUUGCAGACAAGGCAGAGAUGAUCUCAAGGAGGAUUGCCUUGGAGUUUUUUGGUGUCCUAAGGCUUAUUGUUGGAUUCUUCAUUAUAUUUGUGGUGGAGCUAUACAGAUUUGUGAUGCGACACAUCCUUCAUCCAAUUCUUGUUGGGAUCCUAGUCGUUACUGGGGACUACCUCAUCAAACCAGUCUUGUCAGCCAUCUUUAAUGGUAUCUUGCAACCAGUUUCUAUAUUUUUAUACAAUUUAUUUGUAGCCUUACGGACUGGACUUAAUCCCUUGAUAGAUAUCAUCAAUGGAUUUGCUCGCCAGGUGGCCGUGAUACUGGGAGCUUUUAGACUUGUGGUUGUCAAUAACACUCAUAACCACUAUGAAAGACAUGUCCAAGAUGUAUAGUUUUAUAUUCAUUACUUUUUUAUUGAUUUCUGUGAUAGAAAGUUAAAGAGGGCAUAAUAGUUAUGAAGAAUAUUAAUUAUUAUAAUAAAAUUUUUUUUUCCAACAUGAAUCCUGCCUGACUAUGUAUGACAUUCAUGAAAUUGAUGUCAUUGCGCCCUUUAAAUGUAUAAAAUGUCUGAAAGUUGAAAGGGCUAAUAUAGUGUAUUAGGGGCUUUCUUUCAUGGUGUUAACCAAACAUUGAUGUGCAGGAGGAAGAUGAAUCAGUCAGUAGUGUUUUUCGGGUUGACAAAAAAGAAAAAAAAGUGAAACUCGGUUAAAGGUAUCAUAAUUAAGGAGAGCCCUAUAACACAAUGUACUUGCUGGCCUUUUUAUUUUAGCAAUCAACUGAAUUAUAUCUAUACACUUAUUUGUAGAGAUGAAUUUAUAAUAGUUCUGCUGAUAAAUAUUUAUUCAUGUUGACAAUUUUUACAAGCGAGCUUCUUUAAUGAAACCACUUGUAUAUACUGGAGUGGUUCAGGCAUUUCCAUAUUUGUUGACGUUUCUUAUUGAAGCCAGAUUUUACAUUAUUUUUUAUGUGUGUGUGCCUGUAUCUUUAGUGUUUGUGAAAUGAAUUUCACUACCAAACGUUUUGUGUGAAUGUGUUCUUUUGUUAUAGUUUUUGUGUUGCAUUUAAAAAUUUGUUCCAAGUGUCUACUCUUCUAGGGCUAGUUUCCUGAAGAUAAAUUUAGGAUAAAUUCACUAAAAUAAAGCUGAUCUAGAACAUUACUGUAUAUUUUACAGUGCAUUUCCUUAUAAAUUUUCAUAUAUCUGACAGAUAAUAUAAAAUGAAACAUCUUGACAUUUGUUCUUCAUUUGAAUUCAAGUUAUGUAAUAUUGAAACCAGAGUAACAUUUUAUAUAUGGUACCGUCCAAGAUAUAAUUUUUGUUCUAAAGAAAACCAGAAUAAAGGCCAGGAUGUUUCUGUUUUUUUAUUGUUAGGAUAUGUACAAUCGUUUCACCAAAAUGAAAACUGCUAUAUGAAUUAAAAUAUAUUUUAUUGCACUGUUCAGGUAUUGAAAAACUUUAGCUGUGUUUUGCUGUUUGUAUGCUUAUCAACAAAUUAACUAAUUAAUUGAUUAAUUUAUUGAAACAUCAACAGUGUAUACAGAAAUUUUAUUUUUGAAAAUUAAAUUCAUAUAAAAUCUAAAACAUAUCUCUGUUGUUUGCUUCAUUUCAUGAAAUAACUGUAAAGCAGUACCCUCUACCUGGGCCGCAGAUAGAUUUUUAGUAGAUAUUCACUGAUAUGUCUCUGGAUGAAUUGAUGGAACUUUUCUGAACUGUGACCCUGUAAUGAAAUCUCAAGGAUGAUUACUAGCUGGUAAUUGUUUGCACAACUACUGAGGCACUGUCAUUUAACAAGUCCCUUCCAAGUCCCCUGAUAGUAAUCAAGGCAGUUAAUUGCUCUGACCUUAAUAACUUGCUCUUCUGUGACAAAUAAAAAUAAGAAUAAGCUUGAUAUUUCAGAGUGUUUCCUCAAACCACGACUUGUUUCAGCAGACAGCCAAGCCAAGCCAGGGCCAGUAACCUGA